AUGGACAUCCAGACCCCACCCACACUCCUGCAGCUGGCAGGAGAGAGUCUGCUGAGGGACCAGGCCUCAGCCAUCGCAGCUCUGGACUACCUGCCGGCUGAGCUCUUUCCGCUGCUGUUCAUUCAGGCCUACCGUAGGAGAAUCCCGGAGCCCCUGAAGGCGAUGGUGCAGGCCUGGCCCUUCACUGUCCUCCCUCUGGGGGGCCUGCUGCAGCUGCCUGGGCUCAUGGUCUUACAAGCUGUGUUGGAUGGGCUUGACAUUCUGCUUGCCCAGGAGGUUAGGCCCAGGAGAUGGAAACUGCAGGUGCUGGAUUUAAGGAACACAGGUACCAACUUCUGGAGAAUGUGGUGUGGAGACAGCACCUGGAAUUGCUCAUGGAAAGUACCAGUGGCCGUGCACAGCUCCAGCCCUAACAAGGAGCACCCCUUGGUUCCCUUGGAGGUGUUCCUAGACCUUAACUUCAAUGAAAGGGACGACGGGGAUGAGUUUCUCAAGUACAUCCUCCAAUGGGCCCAGCAGAGGGAAGGGUUGCUACACCUGUGCUGCAAGGCACUGAGGAUUUCUGAGGUGCCCUUCCAGAGGCAGACCCCCUUGGACAAACUCUCCAUAGAAAAUUGCCAGCGGCUGACGCAUUCAGACCUGACACACCUGUCCCAGUGCCCGAACCUCAGGCAGCUGAAGUCCCUGCAUCUGUUUCGCCUCAGCCUCGCGGAUUUUAGUCUUGAGCCCCUCCGAGCUCUGCUGGAGGCAGUGGCACCCACCCUCCAGGACCUGCGCCUGGAUAACUGUGGGAUGGUGGACUCCCAAGUCGAGGCCAUCCUACCUGUCCUGAGCCGCUGUCAGCAGCUCAGGGACUUCACCAUCUCUAUGAACAACUUUUGCGUGGCCACCGUGGAGAAGCUGCUGCGCCACACAGCCGGGCUGCGCAGCUUAGAGCUCGAGCUGUACCCCGUCCCCCUGGAGUGUUACAGGAUCCGGGGGAUCCUCAACCAGGAGAGACUUGCCCAGAUCCGGGCUGAGCUCAAGGCGAUACUGAGCGAGUUAGGACAGACCAGGACCAUCUAUCUUUGCGGCAAGUGCUGUCACACAUGUGGCAACACUAACGUUUAUGACGUGGCAUUUUCAUGA